AUGUCUGCUGAAGAAGUUGCCAAGGCAUUUGUCCAACACUAUUACACCACAUUUGAUACAAAUCGACCGGGACUUGCUAGUCUCUACCAAGAUGUAUCCAACAUGAGCUGGGAAGGUCAGCUAUCGACAGGUCAGCAAAAUAUCAUGGCCAAGCUUCAAGGUCUUCCCGUCGUUCGUCACGAGUAUCCGACGGUAGACAUCCAGCCAUCCACGUCGGGGAACGCCAUGAUCAUUUUCGUGCAGGGCAAGCUUCAGAUUGAGGAGAAUAACCCCAUUCAGUUCACGCAGGUGUUCCAGCUCGUGUCUCACCAUCCUGGCCAGUACUACAUCCAUAAUGACGUUUUCCGUCUUCAGUAUGGAUAA